AUGGGUGAGUGUGUUCCUAGGGCCCUGUGUUGGCGUGGCUGUCUAACUGCUACUGGCAGAGAAACAUCCAAAGGAGUAAGUCGGGGUGCAGGCACUGCCUCACGGGGAGCACCAAAGAGGAGUGAGGAGCCGACAAGUGCUUACUUAAAUGUAUCAAUUUCUUUUUUUGUCUUUCAAUCUUCAGAUUUCCUGUUUAAGUUCUUGGUCAUAGGGAAUGCUGGAACUGGAAAAUCCUGUUUACUACACCAAUUUAUUGAAAAGAAAUUCAAAGAUGACUCAAAUCAUACUAUAGGAGUGGAAUUUGGUUCAAAGAUCAUAAAUGUUGGUGGUAAAUAUGUGAAAUUGCAGAUAUGGGAUACAGCAGGACAAGAGAGAUUCAGGUCUGUAACAAGGAGUUAUUAUAGAGGAGCUGCAGGUGCUUUGCUUGUCUAUGAUAUAACCAGCCGGGAAACCUACAAUGCGCUUACUAAUUGGUUGACGGAUGCAAGAAUGUUAGCAAGUCAAAAUAUUGUGAUAAUACUAUGUGGAAACAAAAAGGAUCUUGAUGCAGAUCGUGAAGUUACUUUUUUAGAAGCAUCCCGGUUUGCACAAGAAAAUGAACUGAUGUUCUUGGAAACAAGUGCACUAACGGGGGAAAAUGUUGAAGAGGCCUUUGUACAGUGUGCAAGAAAAAUACUCAAUAAAAUUGAAUCAGGAGAAUUGGAUCCAGAAAGAAUGGGCUCAGGUAUUCAAUAUGGAGAUGCUGCCUUGAGACAGCUGAGAUCACCACGUAGAGCACAAGCACAAAGUGCUCAAGAAUGCGGGUGUUAAAGAAACAAAACACAAAAUCCCAAAUACUUACUUUAGAUACAGAAGCUGUCAUUGCAAAUGGUGUUUGAAGAAACAGAAAAGCUUGAAGGCUAUGCAGUUUUUAAAAGCAUCUUUCCACUGUCUACAAACAGAGCAGACCACUGCUGACAGAAAGGUGUAUGGCAAGAAUGUUCGCAUGACACAAAAGUCUGCAAAGCAAACUUGAUCAUUUGGUGGACAAUAUUAAGACUCAUACCUGUAUGUAAACAUUUUCCAUUACUUAUUUUUGUUCUUUCACCUCUAGUUUAAAGCAUUGGUAUAUACUGUAAAUAAUGUAACAGUAAAUUUACAAGGCAUGGUAUACUUAUGUAUGCUGAUAGAAUGUUGCACUACAAGCAGUUUAAUAUUUUAUUUUUUUAUCAUAUAAACAAAUUUAACUGAGGUAGGCUUUGUCAUGUUUGUU